AUGUCGCUUCCCCGGAAAGACCAGUUGAUCAUUCUGGCCCUUGCGCGAUUGUCGGAGCCUCUAACGCAGACGUCACUCCAGGCAUACAUGUUCUAUCAACUGAGGUCUUUCGAUCCCACACUUUCGGACUCCGUAAUCUCCUUCCAAGCAGGAACGCUUCAAGGCGCGUUCACUGCUACGCAAUUCGUGACAGCAAUGCUCUGGGGCCGAGCGGCCGAUUCCGAAUGGGUUGGCCGGAAAAGGGUCGUACUCAUUGGCCUGCUGGGCACGACCAUUUCUGUUAUCGGGUUCGGUUUCUCCAGGAGUUUUGCCACAGCGAUAACCUUUAGAUGCCUGGGCGGAGUGUUGAACGGUAACGUGGGAGUCAUGAGGACUUUGAUUUCUGAAAUCAUCAAGGAGAAAAAGUUCCAAUCAAGAGCCUUUCUGCUUUUGCCAAUGAUGUUCAAUAUCGGAGUCAUCAUUGGCCCCAUACUAGGUGGCCUAUUGGCUGACCCUGUUAAGAGCUAUCCAAACCUUUUUGGGGAAGAGUCGUUGCUUGGUGGCAAAGGUGGUGUUGCCUGGAUGGUAAAGUGGCCAUAUGCUUUACCAAACCUCAUCAAUGCGGGUUUUUUAAUCUGCUCCUCGCUCGCCAUCAUCUUUGGCUUGGAAGAAACACUAGAUGCUUUACAAGACAGGUCGGAUUACGGCUUGAAGAUGAGACCCCACCAGGAGUAUGUUGCCCUCCGAGAGGACGAUGCCGAUAUUUCGUCAACCGAAAUUGAGAUGCAGAUGACACCGGUAAAUUCGACCUUUGCGGAUAAGCCCACUAAGACGGCGGGGCGACAGAAGCUUCCGCUACGACUUAUAUGGACACGCAACCUAUUGCUGACAUUCCUGGCCCACGGUCUCAUGUCAAUGCAUAUUGGGACCCUCAACAGCCUCUGGUUUGUCUUCCUCUCAACGCCGCGAUUUGACCCAGAACACCCCAGUCCACCAGAGCAUGCCGCGCAGAAACUUCCCAUCAAGUUCACUGGUGGGCUUGGUCUACCGCCAGCACGGAUCGGGAUUGCUUUGGCGAUUCUGGGGGCCAUAGGAAUUAUACUUCAGCUGUUUCUGUACCCAUGGCUGAGCACGAAGCUGGGAACAGCACGAUCGUACCGGAUGGCACUGUCCCUCUUCCCCGUCGCUUACGCCAUAAUGCCGUUUUUGGCCGUUAUACCGUCGACUAGGCCGGCGCCAGGGCCGGUGGCCGGGCCGCUGGUGUGGAUGGGGGUUGCGGGCGUGCUGUUCGUCGUGGUGUUGGGGCGCACGUUUGCGCUGCCAGCGUCGACGAUUUUGGUCAACAAUUGCUGCCCACAUCCCAGCGUGCUGGGCACAGUCCACGGCCUCGGCCAGUCUGUUAGCAGCGGGGCCCGCACGAUUGGGCCGAUGGUCGGUGGUUGGGCAUUCGGAGUGGGACUGAGGUUGGGAGUUGUUGGUCUAGCAUGGUGGGGAUUGGCGUGCAUAGCAGUCUUGGGCGUUGUUGCGGGGGCAUUUGUGAGGGAGGGGACGGGGCAUGAGAUUGUGUUGCCCGGCGACGACACGGACGACGAAGAGUAAGGCAGGUGUGCGUCACGUGCCCUCGCCCGAUGGGGGAAGAAGCUUGGGCCGUUUGGGGUAUGACAUCUUUGACAUUGCGGUCGCCACUUCCUCCACUCCUUUGGCCUUUGGACAUUCUGACUCUAUACUCUUCGACUCCUCACUCACAACCUCAUGCGCUUUCCCUCCUUCCCUACCAUCGUCCGCACCUUCUACCUCUUCGGCAACGCCACCACUCGCCGCCUUCCCACCACCUCUCUCCGCCAGCCAACCCUCCGUUCUAUACCAA